AUGACAUAAGGAGUAUCCUUGACGAAGUGUGUUUGCCGAAGGUACUCGAUAAACACAUGACGGGCAAUUACCCUUUCAAGAAUGCUUAUGUCAAGUGGUUGAUUUUACUACGCACAUAGAUUAUCGGGUUAGGGAUGUACGUCAUUGAUUCCGUUGCGGUGGAAUAACGCAGACGAGUUACGGUCGGAAGGAAGUUAUUUGGCUAACAUCGUUAAGAGGAGAGCUACGCGGAAAUGAUGAAAACAAUCUGGGUGAUCGGCGGACCGGGAUGCGGCAAGGGAACGCAAUGCGACCGCAUGAUCGAGAAGUAUGGAUUCCUCCACUUGAGCAGCGGCGAUUUGUUGCGAGCGGAAGUCGCCAGUGGCAGCGAGAGGGGUGCGUCGCUCCAGGAUCUAAUGUCCAAAGGAUUAUUCGUGCCGACGGACGUCGUGCUGGCGCUCAUAAAGGAAAAGAUGGAUAAAGCCCGCGAAGAAGGAGUCACGAAGACCGGGUUCCUCAUCGAUGGAUAUCCUCGUGAAAAGGAUCAGGGCAUUCUCUUUGAGCAAAAUGUUUGUCCCGUCGACCUAAUCCUCUUCUUCGACGUAGCAAACGAGACCCUGAAGAAGAGGCUCCUCGGGCGUGCCGCCGUGUCCCAAAGGGCGGACGACAACGAGGAGACGAUCAAGAAGAGAAUCGAGAUCUUUAAUUCGAAGAACAACGAGAUCGUUGAGCACUACAAGGACAAAGUUGUUAGAAUUAAUGCGGAAGGGACGGUAGAUGAAAUAUUCACUGAGGUCACAAAAGCGCUGGACGCUUUAUUAGCAUAGAUAAAUCGCAUUAUAAACUUCUGAAAAGCAACGGCUAACAUCUACAGUUAAAUCUUCACCGAUAAUUCAUUACAUGGAUGCUUCUCGCGCAUCCAAAUAAAAUUGCGCAAAUAAAUUAGGUAUCUUUAAUUGUUAAUUGUUGUGAAUAAAAGUACGCUAAUAUAUAACAAUUUUGAGUCUAACUGCAAUAUUUAUGUUUUACUUGACUAUUUUCAAAACUGUUUUCGUUCAGUGAUAAGAAUCUUUCAGUCUGCAUAAAAAUUUCUAUCAUGAACAAUUUAAUUACAGCACUGUCAUAAAAUAUAUAUUAAUAUUCUGUUAAAGCAGACGUAAUCUGUGUUAACUUUUAAGAGCUUUGCCAAAUUGUACAACCAUGGGCUUAUCUUUUAAUAUGAAUCCAUGUGUUUCGUCGAGUGCCAUCUGAGCCUGUACAGUAUUUUGUAGUGUGAUAAAAGCCUGCCCUUUCAUUCUGCCUUCUUGCAUAAGUCGUACAUCAUAUCUGAAAUGCAGACAAUAAUACGAGAUACCAAUUGAAAAUAAAAUAUCAAAAGCUA